UCGAACCUCCACGGCCAGCCAUGCAUCGCCUCGCUCUCGUCUCUCUCCUGCUCGUUGCUGCUGGGGUAGCACAAGGGAGUCCACCAUCAAAAAGAUUUUUCUUCGCCCCUCAAUGCGGGAGCGCGAGCCAGGCUCUGACGGCGAAUUCGUCCACGACCAUCCAGUCCCCGAACUAUCCGAGCAACUAUCCCAACAACUACUGCUACGAGUGGAAUUUCUCCUGCCCGAAUCAGAUGACGCUGUCGUGCCCGGACAUUCAGAUCCUGUCGCUUUUCUUCUGUCUGGAUGAUGUGCUCGAAGUCUCCGGCAACGGGGAAAGGAAGUACUUGUGCGGGAACACGGCCCUGAAUUACGUGGUCCCGGCGAACGGAAUGCUUUUCGCCAGAUUCAGGACGGAUUGGCUCUUAACGGCCAAAGGAUUCCAGUGCACCGUCUCCUGCGCCGCAUAACCGGGGAUGUUCACUGUGGA